GAGUCACGUGACUGCUAAGGCGGUUAGAAUCCAUAAUUACAGAUAAUUAGAAUUAGCCCUUUACACAAAGGUAAAACCACUGAAAUUUUUUAUUUUUUUCGUUUUAUUUAUUAUAAUUUUAUUUGAUUUUUUGGAAUAACUUUACGUUGCGUAUUUACAGUAAAUUAGUGUCUUUUUUUAUUAAAGUAUUAUAUCAGCAACAACUUUUUAUGUAUUAGUUUCUAUUAUUGCUUUGCUCGGUUAGGGUUACAUUUUUAACAAUAUUAUUAUAACGGUAAUGUAUUUUGUUUAUUACAUAGUUUUAUUGUCUGAAAAGAACAUUUUCAAAAACAUCAUGGCGGAUGUACGUAACAGGCGUUGCUUGCGGUUGUACGUCCCCAACGUGUUGGUGUGGCCCCUCCCCCCACGUUUUCGCUUGUUUUGGUUGACUUGGAAACCAUCGCGGCGUUGUUGAAGUUGAAGGAGGACAGAAUCUCUGCACGGGGGAUACGUGCAUUAGCAUCAGCUAGCUAGCUAGUUAGCUAAUAUUUUUUCAAUUUAGUACACCUGGGACUCGGACUUUCUAAUAAACGUAUCUUUUGGGUUCUCUACGGUUUCUUUGGGUUCGUAGUCCACUAUACCACUUAGUUAACAAUGGCACUUAGCAAGCUAGCUUAGAACGCUAGUGUUACCAUUAUAUAGUUAUUGUAGUUAGUUUUAUCUUAGCUCGGAAGACAUACAUUUUUAUUAUGUUUUAAUAGAUGCUGCAAACAUCACAUACAAGAGCGGUUCGUCUAUUAAAUCCCUUUCACUUUUUGCCAUGCAUCGUUAGCGGUUUCGUAUUUUUAGCUGAAGGGGAAGUCUUCCCUGGAUUAACUGUAUUCUCCCUUUGCAAUAAGAAUGAGCAUUACGUAGCCUGAGGAUGCCAGCAGGUCAAAGUGAAGACCGGGCAAAGACUCGGGAAAGAUUUAAUGAAGUUUUCAAGAAAUACACUGAAUCUGAGAAGAAGUUGAAGAAGAAAAGCCGUGAAACACAGGAGACCAUUGUGCUUCAGAAUCUUAAAAAGAAUCUCAACCUUGAGAAGGACACAGAAGAUGAUGAGACAAUCCUUCAGAACACAUAUCACCCGGAACAGGGUAGUCCUCGCUAUACAAAGAAUAAAAGGAGAGAGAAGGAAAUAUCAGAAAAGGUUAAUAUAAACAACAGUAGAAACCAAGAGGAACCUCAAAUUACAAAAUCAAAGAAGAAAAAUAAAAGGGACCUUCCUGCCCUCCCCAUACCUGAGGACACCACAAGUUUCAUUCAGAAGGAUGUGGAUGAUUCUACUGAGAAUGCCUUCCAUCCAGAUGAUGAUGGUGGCAGAGAAAAGGAAUCAAGACGAAAAAGUAAGAGGGGGAAAAGCAGAGGAGACACAGAGAACAAACCAGAGAGUCAGAUAGAGGACACUGAAGACAAUCUGUUGCAUGAAUACCAGCAGCAGAUAGCACAGGUGGAAGAGAAAACUGUAAAGCCAUCAAAGAUCAAGACAGAAAAAGAGAGUGUCUCCCAAAGUCUAAUGCUGAAUAAUGAUGUGGGGAAGAAGAAAAAGAAGAAGUUAAAAUCUGUAGUUACAGAGUCAGAUGCUGGGGAUCAAGAUGAAGGUGUAGAGCCGGAUGCUGAUGUGGGAAAUGGAACUGAAGCCAAGGGAAAGAAGAAAAAGAAGAAGAAAAAGCACAUUGUCAAAGAUGAAAGUGAGACAGAAGCAGAAGUACCACAAAACACAAGCUUUGAUGACAGUCUUGUGCUAGGAGUGAAUGUGCACAGAACAGACCGCCUCAAAACGGACCUACUCAUCUCACACCCAAUGGUGAAGGUCCAUGUUGUUGAUGAAUCCACUGGACAGUAUGUUAAGAAAGAAGACUGCCAUCGUCCCGUUUCCUCAUUUUAUGAGCAGGAGAACGUUGAUCACAUUCUCCCAAUCAUGACUCAACCUUUUGACUUCAAGAAAAACAAAUCGGUUAUCCCCGAGUGGGAGGAACAGAUCAUCUUUAAUGAACGCUUUGGUUACUUUGUUCAACAAAGUGACGAAAGCCCCAGGGUUAUUCUCUUCUUUGAAAUUUUGGACUUCAUAACAAUGGAAGAAGCAAGAGCCAAAGCUGAUGUAGAUAAACAUGAACGAGGAUUCAGAAAGGUUGCAUGGGCAUUUCUCAAGCUUGUUGGCACAAACGGUGUGCUGAAUAUCGACAGUAAACUUCGCCUGCAGCUCUUUUGCCCUCUUCCUCGAGCAAAGAAACAACCUAAAACCAUAGAGGUGGUGGAGUGGUGGCGGAAAUACCCUCGUCACAAAUACACAUCCACGCUUUAUGUUACAGUCAAAGGGAUUAAACUCCCUGAGCAUGUGGAUCCUAGCAUUCGCUCCAUGAUGGCGCUGCAGGAAGAGCGAGGCAGCACAUCCUACAGCGAUCUGCAGAACGAGGUCACCAAGAGAAGUCUGACACAACCUAUGGACAGCAAGCCGGCAGUCUUGAGAUGGAGCAGGCUACCUGGUCAGAUCUGUCGGAUACCUAACAAGCCCUUGCUGGCUUUUCGUGGAGGUCAGAUGGGCUGUUUCACUGUGCUAUUUUCUCAUGCUGGGACAAUACUGGCUGCUGCUUGUGCUGACAGAGAUGCAUUCCCUGUUGUAGUGUAUGAGAUUCCCUCCGGAAAGGUUUUGGCUGCCUUCAAUGGCCAUCUGAAAAUUGUGUAUGAUCUCUGCUGGUCCAGAGACGACCGAAGCCUUUUGUCUGCCUCCUCCGAUGGAACUGUCAGAGAGUGGAAUGUAGAGAGGCUUCAGGGAGCAGCCCAGAAAGUGCUCACUCAUCCAUCCUUCGUGUACUGUGCUCAGUACCACCCGUCAGCACAAAACCUGGUGGUGACCGGCGCCUACGACUCUCUGGUACGAGUGUGGAGGCUUGAUGUUGAUGACAUAAAUGGCGAACUGCUGCAGGACUUCGAGGUCCAUGGGAGUUUCAUCAACACAGUUUGUUUUGACUCUGAAGGAAGAAGAAUGUUCUCAGCAGACAACACAGGCCUAAUAAAUGUGUGGAAAACCCCAGUAAAUGAUGGCACGCAGCAGUCGUGUCAUCGUUGGUGUAUAGAGAAGAAAAUUGACGAGUGUGACCUCAGCGGUAUCCCCAUAAACAAGCUGCAGCUCCAUCCAAAUGGGCGGUGCCUCCUCAUUCAUGCCAAAGACAGUGUCCUAAGGAUGAUGGACUUAAGAAUUCUGGCUGUAAAGAAGUACACUGGAGCCACCAACUACAGAGAGAGAAUUUACAGCACUUUUACACCGUGUGGGAACUUCAUCUUUUCUGGUAGCGAGGAUGGGAUGGCAUAUGUGUGGAAUACUGAUACGGGUGACCAAGUUGCAGUGUACUCUGAGCUUUGCUACCCCACCGCAACUCACGGCGUGUCCUUCCACCCUCACGAGAACAUGGUUGCUUUCUGUGCUUUUGGGCAGAGCCAGCCUGUCCAUGUGUACAUAUACGACCACAAAGUUUCCCAGCUUGAAGUGCACAAGAUAAAAGCAGCGAGCAGAUCAGCCUCUGCAGAUGCCAAAACCAUCAGACACACUCCAGAUUGCAAUGUGCUACAGGACACGUCAACCAUGGACCAGUUUGCACAAGCCACAAGACGUGCCAUGAAAAUGCAGUGUGUUAAGGAACAACUGGAUUCAGUACUUGAGUCGUAUCCAAAGUCUUCAGGAUACGUUUUUGAGCAAGAUAAAACGGGAUUUACUCACACAGGGAGGAACUUGAUUUCAGAGUCUUGUGCAAUGGGAUUGAAUGUCUCGCUGCCACCUCCAUCUCUUCUGUCGCCACACUCCAAGCUGCAGCUCUCUGGAUCCCUGGCAGAGCAGCUUAUCCCCCAGGCAGCUCUUAGCAACCAGAAACGUGGUUUUAGUCCAGUUGGUCAGCAUCUGAAAGGAGUUUCAUCCUUCAGGUCAAAGACCCUUCGUGAUCACGUUCCUUGUGCGGAUGUGGAAACGGAUUCUGCCUCUGUUCAACAAGUAGUUGUCUCACUCUACAACUACAGAGCUAAUCGGUCUGAUGAACUGACCAUGCGUCGUGGUGAUGUCAUCCAAGUGCUGUACAAAGACAAUGACAACUGGUGGUUCGGUCGCCUGCUCAGUGGGCAGCAAGGAUAUUUUCUUGCUUCAUAUGUUGUAGAUCAAAGAGAUUUCAGUGAAGGGGCGUCUCAGUCUGCAGAGCCACACACAGCCUUGUCUGAAGGGACUGCUGAGAGGUCAACGCCGACACGGGUGUCUGCUGCAAUUAGCUCUUCUGGGGAACUUAGGUUUCUUUCUGAGCCAACCCUUUCUGACACUGAACCUGAGAUGGCUGAAAACAAAGCUAGAAGGAAGAGGAAAGUGAAAAAGGCUGGAGCCGUUUCAUUGUCGUCUCAGGCCACAGUUUCAGGCACAGAUGCUCCAGGCUGGACCAGAUCAACAGCAAGACCUCUCCCAAAGAGACCUACAGGUCGGAUUAACGGUGCCUUUGAAUCUGACACAUAAACUCAGACAUUUAAUUGUUGUAUUUUCUUAGACUCUAGUGGAGUUUAUUAUAUGCCAUUUACUAAUAACUAUAAAAAUAGUUUGCCCAAGACUGUUUCUCUUUUGUAAAUGGAAUGUCUGUUUUUUGAUCUAAAAAAAAAACACAUGAUUUCAUAUUACCAUACAUGGCAUGUGAAUUAGUGUAACUGGCAAAAAAUGGUUUUAUAUUUAAACUUGAAACAAACAAAGGUAUAUUUUUAAUUAAAUUCUUUGACAUGAGGAUAUUAAGAGAAAUGGACUUUUAAAAUCUUUUUGAUAUUUGGUCCAUGCUUUGCAGGCUCUUAAGUGCUGUAUAACACAUAAGGUAUUAUCACUUUCAUUGUAUAAUAGUAUAAGUAAAUAAACACACAAAUUAUUUA